AUGAAUUUGUUUGAUGUUUACGACUUUUUCACGUUUUUUCCUUUAAUUUGCUGCGUGUUUUAUCAUAUUGAUGUUGUAGUUUUAGGUAUUUGACGGUUUAAAAAUUUUUUUUGCAGGUCCGUUUUGUUCUGCCAGAACUGCCACGCAAAGACUAACAACGCCAGCGGCAUUAUUUACUGAGGUUGAUACAGAUAAUUGGUUGAAGGUUAGUUUUGGAUUUUUACUAUUUUUGAAUUUUAGAUUUUUACAAGAAAUAAAAAUUUUGUAUUUAAAGCAUAUUUGGUAUUGUGAGGCUAGAAAUUGGAAAAUCAAAAGCUAGUUUAUGUUUAGGUAAUGUCACAAAGCUCAAUUUUCAACGACUUAUCUAACGUUGACGAACGACGAUCUCGUUCAGCCAAACGUUCGGAACAAGUUCGAGUAUCAGUGAGACAGGCCAGAGAGACUUUUAAGCGGGAAAUUACGCCAUCAAGAAACUUGGAUAUCAAGACUGGUCAUUCGAUCUGUGACGGUGAUCGGUACGUUGGGACUAUGAAUGAAGAACAACUAGAGAUAGCUCAACAUUUAAUGCGUGGAGGAGAUCAAGAUGAGGUAAAAUAAUUUUUUAAUUUUUAGAAAAUUAUUUAAAAACAAAAUGUUAAAAAUACAAAGCGGUUUUUUGUAAUAUUUUUUUUAACUUUGCUGUCUUUUUAUUAGUUUGUGUGUCAGCUGAAAAGCUAUGAAUGCGUAAAAGAUAUAGCGUUAUCUUUCACAAUGAUUAUAUACUAUAAGGUACUAAAUCUUGUUUUUAGUUGAGUUUACAUAAUUAUUAGAACUCGAAAACAUAUUGUUAGUGCCAAAAAUAAGAACAGCGUUCGCUUGUUUUUGAGUUUGGCGGCAAUCACCUGCUGUUUUGUUUGUUAAAAAUAUAAAACAGUGAGAACUUUCGGAAAUUGCUAGUGCAAAGAAAACAUGCGAUAAUUAAGUUUUUCAAAUAAAAGUGUGAUAGCUUUCAGUAGUUAGAUAUAAUUUUUCAAUUGCUGGAUGGAACAAUGGCAAAUGGUUUAGUAAUUUUUUUUGUUUGGCUGUUAACACGAAAUCAGUCUGUAGUAUUUAUGGGGAAACAGUGUUUUGUAUUUUUUAAGUUGUGUAUUUGAAAUACAAGAUUAACGUGAAACCAGUCAAAAAGAAGUACAUAAAAUUGUAGGCGACUAGCAAUUUAUAUGUAUUAAUAAAAUAUAGAUUAAUUUUAAACUCAAAGCAUUUUUUAAUUUGGAAAAACGUACAGGAGUUAAUCAAGUAAAUGAAUUCUUUAACCAUUGAAAGCUGUUGUAAAUCGACUAUCUUAUAGUUUCUAGAAGUGCGUAAUCGUAUUUUAAAAGUAGAUAAUGGAAAGGAUUAAUGUGCUUGGAAAUGAUGUAGUCGACAUAAUUAGGGAUUGGCCGUAUGGUAUACGCUAGCCCUUUUAUAACACGUUCGAAGAGUUUUAAAUGAUGAUUUUUGUGAAAUACUUGUUAUUGUCACAGCAAAAAGGCCUAGGGCUUGUUUUUAUGGGAGGCAUUGGGGCGGCAGGGUGGGAUGACGCUUCACACUAGCAUUUUUUGUUAUUUCGUUUGUUCAGUUUUACACUAGCACCUUUUAAAACCUUUGAAAUUUCGUGUUAUAAUUUUAUUUUUUUAAAAUUUUUCUGGUUUUUUUGUGUUUUUACUAGCAUUAUGUUUAAUAAUUUUUUUUGUUUUUUUACCAUUAAAGACAUAUUUUAGUUUUUUUCUUUCUGCUCGCUUGGUUGCCUUUACUAGCCAUUUUUCCUUCUUCUUUUAAACCAACGCUCGCUAUAUUUGCGCCUCAGUCUUGUCAUGAGCUUUGUGUAGAAAAACAACGACCGCCGCCUAACGAAAGGGUCUAGCAUUGCAUCCCUGCGGAAUGGACGGGACCCAAUGCUAGCGUUUAUUCCACUGAACCCCCUCUUCCUUUGCGAUGCUCUACGCUAUCUUUUUAUGCCUGCUAUUGGGUCUCUGCGGCAGCGAUAGCAAAAAUCGAAGCCCCAGUGGGAGCCCUCCCUUCUUCCCCAUAAACAACCCAACAGCCGAAGGAUUGGGAGCGAAAAUUGACUAGCUGUGCUGGCCUCGUGUGCGAUUUUAACGAGCGUGGGGGUUUCUCUUGUUUCUCUCUCGCUCCGAAUGUCUGAUAUUUUGAGCGAACAAAGAAGCCUGUUGUAUGCGUCUUUGUCAUCUGACGUUGAAAUGUGUACUCUCUUAUCGUUUGUCUGCUUCUGCAGGGUUUUAAAAAAGUUGCUAGCAGGGCGCUUGCCAAUUUUUCUUUUUUGCUUUGCUUUUCGCUUCAACCCCCUUCAAUACACUGAAAGGCAGUGGAGAGAUGGGGGAACCCAUUCAGCCCUCCACUACUGCUGUCUUCAGUCCUCCCUUUGCCUUUUCCACAGCGCAGUGCAAAAGACGUUGAAGGCCUUUGCCUGUGUGUUUUUCAUUGCUCUGUUGUGUUGGUUGGGAAUAGUGGGAUGAGUUCACGUACAUAGCGUGGUUUUUUACCGUUGCACCAGUCGAUUUUUUUGUACCAAAUUAAUGUUGGGCAUGUUCUGGGCUUAUGCCUAAUUGGUCGUAUUUAAAUAUCUUUUAAUCUGACCAAGUAACGGACCGGCAGAGUUGCAGUGAGAAUCGCUAUGUGGGUUACUGUAGGUCAUCUAACUUAGCGUUUAGUCGCGAUUACUUGUCGCAAUUUUUUAAAAAUAACUAAAUAACAGAUACUAUAUACAUAUAGAAACUGGUUUUUUAGUAUGAUGUGCUUUACGAGUACCAAAAAAAUUAGCGAAUAAUAACAGCGAGCACUACUUGUACUGACGGUUUUCUUGAAAAGCGUACUUAAAAGGUUUUCAUGUGUAAAGAUUAUUAUGUGGAAAUUCAAAAAAUUGUUUUGCACUUUUUAUUUGAAAAUUUUGUGGGAAUUGUCAUUCAGCGCGCUGCUACUAUUGAUUUUUCGCAUGUGUAAGAACCGUAUCAUACGAUACAACCUUUCUUUUAUAUUUAUUUUGUAGUUUUUACGUUUGUUGUAGUACAAAAAUUACAUUUAUAUUAUUGAUUUUUAUAUUUUUAGGAUCCGUUGAACACAUCUUCAUCUGCACCAUGCUCUCCACAGUCAAAGGACCGAAGGAAAAUGAUGAAGCAGCUUAUGCGCGCACGUUCGACUGGCGAUAUUACUAGCGCUCCAAAUGAUCUACGAAUUGUGUCUUACAAACGAGGGCUAUGUCCCAAACCGCCGGUUGGCCAUCGAAGUAAACCAGCUGUACUUUACACAUGUGUUCAACCUUCAUCGACGACAAAGCGACAUCAGCGCUACCUACCGAAGUCUCCUGUACGAAUUUUGGAUGCACCAACGAUCAGCGACGAUUUUUAUUUGAAUAUUAUGGAUUGGGGACACUCAAAUGUGGUAGCUGUUGCAUUGGAUAACGUUGUGUACUUGUGGCACGCCGAGUCAGGAGAUGUGGACACAUUAGAUGAAUUUGAAGAUACUACAGUGUCGUCUAUUAAAUGGUCAGAUGAAGGAAAAUAUUUGAGUGUGGGACUAAGUAACGGUAAACUGAAGCUCUACGAUGUUUCAACGAAAAGAAAUUUGAGGACGAUUACAGCUCAACUUCAAAGGAUCGGUUGUGUUUCUUGGAGGAAAAGUGUAGUUACAUACGGUUGUCGUUCUGGGCGUAUAUACCAUCACGAUACUAGGAAAGCACAGUCAUUGAUCGGCGACUUCGAUACUCACACCGGAGAGGUUUGCGGAGUCAAAUGGUCACCAGAUGAGAAAUACUUGGUAUCUGGAGGAGCAGAUCAUUGUGUAAACGUGUGGGAUGAGCGUCAAAUAAGUGCAGAAGAACCAAAUGUAACAUAUCAAUUCGUUGAACAUACAGCUACUGUAAAAGCUAUUGAAUUUGUACCAUUUUUGGGUAUGAACAACAACAUGGUGGCAACUGGAGGAGGACUUAAUGAUGGUACUGUCAAACUAUGGAAUCUUACGUCUGGACAACUGCAUACUUCUAUCCAAACAGAUAAUCAGGUAGAUUUUGCAGAAAAUUAGUUUUGUGCUACUGUGUUACGUUUUUUUAAUUUAAAAAGAUAAUAUGUCAUUAUAAGUUUGCUAAUUUUAGGUAUCUGGUAUACUCUUCAACAAAAAUUACAAAGAGAUGUGCACUUCACAUGGAAAUCCGAGAUCUUUCCUCAGGUUUCAUAAUUACAAGAAUCAGAAGUUUGAAACAAUUGGUGAUAUUGACAGUCACACGGGCAGAAUCCUUACUAUAACUCAGUCUCCAUGCGGUCAAUUUGUACUAUCAGCCGCAUCUGAUGAGGCUUUGAGGCUCUGGAAUUGUUGGAAACAGGACAAAUCGGUAUCAGGACUAACUUCAUCGAUGCGGCACAUGAAACUGCAGAACUUAUCAUCGCGAAACGCACCUUCAAUUCGAUGA